AUGCCAGUGAAAUGUUGUUUCUACAGGUCACCAACAACAGAAACAAUGGCGUGGUCUGAAAAUAUGGACACACUUUUAACCAAUCAAGCUGGUCUAGAUGCUUUUCGAACAUUUCUAAAAUCAGAGUUUAGUGAAGAAAAUGUUGAGUUCUGGCUUGCCUGUGAAGACUUCAAAAAAACAGAAAGUGCAGAAAACAUGGCUUCUAAAGCCAAGAUGAUUUAUUCUGAAUUCAUUGAAGCUGAUGCCCCUAAAGAGAUCAACAUUGACUUCAGUACCAGGGACCUCAUCUCAAAGAAUAUUGCAGAACCAACUCUCAAAUGUUUUGAUGAGGCUCAGAAGUUAAUCUAUAGUCUUAUGGCCAAGGAUUCUUUUCCUCGAUUUCUAAAGUCAGAGAUUUAUAAGAAACUGGUAAAUGGCAAGCAAGUUGGAAAUCAUAAAAAAUGGUUUCCUUUUUUGUAA